UCGGAAUUGAGCAGAAUCUGGCAGAAUCAAGAAAAACAAGCGUCCAUUUUCUACGGAAAUCUUAUCAAUCAAUCUUGUCAUAUUUAAAGAAUUGAAUGGAUAAUUGCAAUCGUUUGGUCCCUUUAAUGUGCUAGUACGUGAUAUUUGAAGCUUUUUAUCUCCAAAGACAUAAUACACAUUACGAAAAUGUGGAUUUCGUGACAUAAAAUGGACGAAUCACAUGAUAACUCGUUGCGAUCCUAAUAUGACAAGGUCUGUUACAAAAUAUUGGUAACUUGAGCCAGUCUGUUGUGUUUGUGUCAGGUUAUGAUACUUCUUCGAUGCUGUUUUAUAGUGUUAUUACAGUGAUUAUCAAGUUCAAGUUGAAAUGGUUCGAGCCAGUAGCCUGAUGGCUGCCCAGGAGGGCGUGAAGACUCCACAUCGCAUAGAACUUUGUGAGGACCAGCCUGUCAGGCCCGUGCGCAACUAUAGAAAGCGCAGAAUCAUAGCCAACGUGCAGCCAAAGACUGAGAAUGAAGAGCUCGACACCGAGCCACCUUUAAAAAAGAUCGAGUUGAGAUCUAAACCACUGAAGACUAGUAACGGCAUCGCCAACAUGACCAACGGGCACUCGCUGCGGUCGAGGGCAGCCCGGGCGACCGCCCGCGCGGCAGAGAGCCACAAACUCACAGAAUACUUCAAAGAAGAACUCAAAGCAAAAAUCGAGCCAACAUCGCCACCACCCGUGGAAAAGACUGUCAAAAUAGAACCCAAAGUUGCGAAUGGGAACACAAAUCAUAAACUCACAGAGUAUUUUCCAGUAAGACGUAGUGUAAGAAAGACUUCCAAAUGUGUAAUGGCAGAGAAGAUGCGAGAUCUGGAGCGAGCCGUGAGAGACCAAAGAGAGGAUGGUUUGCAGGUGGCGUAUUUCGACGGGAAGGGCCGUGGCGUGAUCGCAACGCGUCCGUUCGGUCGCGGGCAGUUCGUGGUGGAGUACGCGGGAGAGCUGGUGGGCGUUGCCGAGGCGCGCGAGCGGGAGCAUGCGUACGCGCAAGACCCUACCGCCGGCUGCUACAUGUAUUACUUCAGGCACGGCGAUCAACAGUAUUGUAUCGACGCAACGGCCGAAACGGGCCGUCUCGGUCGUCUGGUGAACCACUCCCGCAAUGGCAACCUGGUGACGAAGGCGGUGUGGGUGGACGGGCCGCGGCUCGUGUUGGUCGCCGCGCACGACAUCGAGGCCGGCGACGAGCUCACCUACGACUACGGCGACAGGUCCAAGGAGUCGCUGCAGCACCACCCGUGGCUCGCGUUCUGACCUGGGUGUUCCUCCUGAAAUCUCAAUUGGACUACUAAACAUUAUUUAUUAAUUUAGUAUUAGUGAUUAUGAAUUAUGAAGUUUGUUUGUUAUAAAUUUUGUUUGAGAAUCGAACGUUUAUGUAAUGUACUGUUAAGUAUUGAGACAAUGGUGGCCUAACACUAAUUUUGAUAUUUGCAAAAGUGGACGGUUCAAUUGCCUUAUGCCACUCGAAAUACAAAAAUAUUCCUAAUGAGUGUUGAAACAAGACUGAGGACUGUUUGAAUGUACGCUGUUUGACGGUCGGUAGAUUAUUUUGCUGACCGUUUUGUUGGCGUUGGUGAAUUCAAAAUAUUUUUAUGACUGAUUUUAGACUCGUCCCGACGUCACUUACUGACAGUUUUCGUUCGUAUCAAGCAGUUUGAACGUGUGAGGUGUACACCGCCAGUGCGGGUCCCUCGACGUAAUGCAAGUUUUUGUAUCGACUUUUGUAUGCAAAUGUAGAGUUUGUAUACGUAUCUAUAUCUAAAUGUUUAAAGUUAAACCCGAAUUGUGACUAGAAGGUGAUUUUUAUUGCCUCGUCUCAGUAUUGUUGAAACUAUUAAAGAUGUCGAAUAUCAUCGGAAAGAUUUGAAAUUAAGUCUAUUAAGGACUAAGUAAAAUUAUAUAAAGAUUGUUUGACGAUCAUUGUUUAACACUUCCUUAUAACAUGCAGGGGAAUCAUAUUCUGGGAUUAAUGGACAGAAUAUAGUCCAUGUAAUCAACAUCAUGUCAAGCCAGAGAUGCUGAUAAAAUGUACAAAACAUUUAAAAUUGACAGUGAAAGUUGAUCCGGUCACACGGAACACUAUUCACAAGCUACAGAGCUUCAUGUCAAUAUGCUGGUAUGAAAAUAAAACGCGCAGUUGCUUAAUUCACGUGUUAUAGUGACACUAAGUGUUACUAACGUUGUAAGGGUGCCUUCAAAUUAGUCGCGCGGCAAAUUUAAUGCGCUCUUAGGUCUUUUACUUUAGCGUCGUUUAUGUAAUGGCAAUUCAUUCCUUUGCCGCGCGGCAGUCGCGCUGUAUCCGCGCGUCUAAUUUGAAGGCGCCCUUAGUUCAAGCUUUCCCACGUGGUCUACGGAGUUUGUAAAUUUAAGAGUUUGAACAUAUAACGUUGUAAAUGUCGCAUAAUCGCGUUUUAUCGUCCAAGAAGCUAUCGAUACGUCGCUAAUGCAUUGACUCAUUGUCAGUCACGACACAAACUCGAAUAGUUUACGUAUUUAUAAAUUAGGUUUAAUUUGAUUGUUAAGUGUAUUGAGAAAGACGUGAGGUUGUAAGAGUUGCUCACUGUGUUAAUGAUAUUUUGUUAAGUCAUUAAUAUUAUAUCCCAAAGUCCUGAGUGUAAACCGUUUUUGUCAUCGUAUAUUUUGAAUAAAUAUUUUAUGUGAAAUUAUAUUCAGAUUUUUAUGAUGUGAAAAAUUAUUUCGUUACACUAUUAAAUAUAAUAAAUGAAUGAUAAAUGGUGGGGAUACCCUGCGAAGUCGAUAUAACCCACCCUAAUAAAAUGUAAUCGGCCCACCGAUACUAAAUAUUAUAAAUUAUUCCAUCAGAUCAUUGUUAAUGAAAUCAUCCAUUUUUAUUAUUAAUAAAGGUUGUAUUCUUUUAUAUUUUCGGUAUCCGAAAUUACAUUUUAAGUCGAAUGGUGUAAAAUUUUAAAUUUUUUAUGUGAAAUUAAAUCCAUAGUGGUGGGCAAAUACACCUUAUACCAUGUAUAGGAUAGCACUUUUGAGGGCCUUAAAAUCUAUCUGGGAAACGCAACAAUCUUCUAAAAGUUUUGUAGAAGUACGCAAAGUUCGAUACGAUGUAAUUCAUUAUUUACAAAAACCAUAUAUAAAACUAGAUACAUACUCAGAUGCCCUCGAAAAAUCCACCUGGAUAGAAAUGCCUUAUUGUCGUUUGUGGAGAUUAUGAACGUCCAUUUUAUUAGCUAUGCAAAUUGACACCGCAACUAUUGCUAAACCGCGUGUAGAGAUCUCCUUGCAUUUUCCUUUAUUGUGUGAAGUGUAAAACCAUUGGAGGGUAGUCGUUUGAGUAUCCGCAUUUAGUUUUAAGUAAGUGUGAAUACUUCAUUUAAACUAGAAAUGGAGUGAGAUGUAAUUGGAGGUAAAACGACAAGUUGAAUGUACUCAAGCGUUCCUCUUAUUUCGAUAUUAAUGUACUACAAAUUCUAUGAUGUACCAUACAUCUGUGUGCUGUUAAAUAAGCUGACAUGUCGAUUGUAAUAAUUGAAGUAUCAUCUUAGUUGAAAUUAACAACAAAGAUAAUUAUUAUUUUGAAAUGAGAGCGAACGUGCAAAAAUUUUGAUACAUUUCAAAAGAUAUAGGAAAUUUUGUAUAACUAAAGUUUUUAUAUUAUAUAUCUUAGUAUAAUUUGUAAUGUAAGUCGAUGCUGGUGGGAUAGCCGUAUUCACCAAGAGAGUUAUUAUUAAUUUAUAAAUUGAACUUGUUAUCAAUUAAAAGUGUGCCAGUCUUUAUGCCAAAGUAGACCACGAGACACUUCCAUUAUUCCUUUUGUAAUUAUCGAUUAUUUUUCCGGUUGUCGGUUUCGUAAGUAUGUCGGUAGAAUAGAAAAAUCAUGUUCACUGUACAAAUCGCAGCAGCUUUCGCUGAGUGCCUGAGAAUAGUGUGAAUCGAAACGAAACUGAAUCUAGCGGGACUCAUCGAUAUAGGGAUGUGCCUUAUCAUUCUGUUGUGUCGUGGGCAAGUAGUCGAUUAUCGAUAAUUUGGACAGCAAACGUUUGUAAAUCAAAUUACAUACCAUUAGUGGUAAAUAGUCGGAUACAAUACUCCGUCAAUACAACAGAUGAUAAGUCACAAGUUGACAAAGGGAAACUGAAUCAUAGACAAGUUAGCUGUUAAUGAAGAAAUGAAGACUGGCGCGCCUUGAGUAGUUUUACUGUACCGAUCGUGCACUUGAAUUAUUAACUACUUAAUUAUAAAGCCGCGUUUCCAUUGUGCGAGUACUUGUAUGUAGAUACUUUAUAUUUGUAAGUUAAAACUGCAUUACAAGUGAAGCUUGCAUACAGGCAUGUUGUGCAGUAGAAACGCGGUUUAAUGUCGCUGGAUCAUGUUACUAUGCAGCUAUAACUUAUGGUAGACCUCUUCCUUGCCAUUUGGCAAUUCUUCUCUGUCCGCGUAACUUUUGUUAUAUAACAGAUAUUUUGUCCAGUGUUUUCGCAGCUUAUUAGUCUAUUGUGUUUAAAUUUGUAAUGAUACGAAUAACAAAUCAUGAGUCAUAAUUAAUUGUUUUAUGUAUGACAAUAAUAAUGUCUAUGUACGAACUACAAUGUGGGCGCUCGGGCAUUAGUCUUUACGCCAAUUGGUUAUUGAAUUUAAUUGACUUGUAUUUCCAUAACGUUUUUAGUGUUGCGGUCUGGAAAAUAUCGUAUUUGAGCAUCAAUAGAAACUUUAAAAAAAUGCGUAUAGUUUCGAUUUUUAACCUCCUUAUUAUGCCACUAAUCGUAACAUUAUAUAACCAAAAACGGCAAUAUUACAAUCAAAUAAUUCUUAAUAAACUCUUUCUCUAAUUGCACUCUACUUUUUACCUCUUACUCUUCCAUUGUAGGAGAUCCAGCCGACAUUGUUAACUCUAAAUAUAAAAAAAAAACAAUAUUGCUUUCGUAGUUCCUAUUCCCUGUAUAUUUAACUAACUUCUUGUGUAAUUUCCUAACCAAUCUACGUACACAGCACGCUGUUUAACGGUCGAUUAAUAAACGAUCCUAAACGUUACCUUCGGAUCGACAGCAAAAUUGAUCCAAUCAGAAUGAAGUUAGCUUGAUAUGCCUUGAUUUAUGUUGAUUGGUUCAUUCUUACGAUUGAUCUGUCGGUACAGAUUUGGAUCGUUUAUACAUAUGGGUCAUAAGUGGCUUAUAUUUUAUUCAGUUAGCUGAAUUUUAGACGAGAACUUGUUAGAUGCGUAUUGUACUAAACACCCGUUUUAGGGCUAAAUUGUAUUUUAUUCAAUAUCUUAAUGCAUUUUGUAAAUAUCAUCCUGUUUUUAAUUUCAAUCAAUCAAAAAAUCUAAUGCUUGUGAUUUUAUUAUAUUCAUUUUAUAUGUACACAGUACACACAUCUUAAUUUAUUACUAGCUAACAUAAUUGUGUAUGUUUUUAAUGGCACUCGGGACGAUAUUGUUUCUUAUUUUGAUAUUAAAAUUUGGUUUACCCUGUACCCACAUAUAGGACCAAUGAUUGCAUACAAAUUUAAUGGCAUUGUCUUGUUUUGUCAAUUAAUUGAGAUAUGAAGCUGUAGACACCAAAUAGUUUUUGCCUUUAUCCGUGAAGUGAUGAGAAAUUUUAAAUUAUUUUCAUACAAUUUUGCACUAAUGCCUUCAAUAUAGGCUGAAAUAUUUGUUUUAGUGCUUAUAUUGUUGAUAGAGUUUAAUAUAAUUUUUAGGCCAAUAAGCCAUUAUUUAAUACUAAGUAAUUGUUGUAUCAGAUUACUGUCGCCACUGCAUUGUGAAACGACCGAAGUGUUGUUAUAAAGAACAUAUUAGCAUGUACGUGUGUUGGGUAGUGGGUACAUCAUACAGGUAUAUUAUUACGCAUUGUUCGCUAUAAUUUCGGAUCGGUCAUUAGAUAAAUCGAUUAUAAUCUAUGUAUUCUAAACUCGAAAUGCACUGCAGUGGAUGAUCAGUUUUAAAUCUCGAUAGUCUCUUCAUAUUACACAAUGAUACCGGUUUUGGUUUAUAUUAAAAUAGUUCUAGCCAAUAAAUACGAACAUUUUUAUAUGAAAGAUAUCUAUUUUUAUACGACGUUGUGUUUCAGAACGAAGGUAUAGCGAAAAUGUUUUAUAUUCCUUGUGAAAUAUGAAGUGAUGACGCAGUCGAUUGGAAUCAUUAUAACAGUAUUGUUAACGGCUAUUUUCCUAUGUAGCGGUGUUAUGAGACUUAAUAAUUUAUUUUGAAAAUGUAGGGCCGCUACACACUGCCCUAAAAUAAUCCGUAGAGAUUGAGAAUUGAGUGAAAUAUAAAAAAUGAACUUCCA